AUUCGGAGGACGAAGAACAAUGCUUACGCACAGGAAGACUUGGAGCUGAACCGCGUGUUCCUAGAAGGUCUAACGCAAAGGCAACCAGAAAACGUGAAGGUUCUGCUCGACAAGCUGCAUAAGCAUCGGCAUUGGAAAGACGAUAAUCCGCGCUCCGGCGCGCCCUUUAUGGACUCGGGCGAUCUAAGAGCUCUCUUUAAGUGGUGCAAUUUGAAAGAUCACUUCAACGAUUGCGAGGCACCCGAGGCUGCCGACAAAGUUCGGAAGUGGAAGCUGAGGGAGAUGACCGAUGUGGGGCAACUUGAUUUAUGCACAUGAGAGGCAGAUGUUCUUGCGAGCGGCAGGGAGCAGAUUGUGGUCGCGAGGCUGUUCGCUCCUCUGUUGGAGUAUAUGUGUUUGAAAAGGGCGGCAAUAAAAGAGGGUGUCCUCCUGGAUAUGAAGUUCGGCUCGAAAGCGUGGCCGCUUCGAUCGGGAGUGCCUGUCCAAGUCGUUACCGAGGGAAUCAAAACAUUUCGCAAGUACAAUCCCAAGAGCGACGUCUCGUGGUGGAGGAACACGCAUGUCCUGCUUUUGGCGGAAAUUCAGUCUGGAAACGGCGACGACGAUUAUAUCGGUGCGCUUUGCGAGGGAGCAUACCACGUGCGCCUUGCAAACGCAAACGCUAAGAAGAUGAAGAUGCAAGAUCUUGCAGGGAGCGCUGUCGUCGUCGCCUUCCAUGUGUCAGGAAGCAGCCUAGCGAAACUCUACUAUCUCUUCCAAGAAGACCCUGCGGACGUCCAUUCGAAAGUCAAAAAUGUGGAGGAACAAUUCACGCUCUCCGUGGUCCUCCGAUGCCAGGCUUUCAUGCAAGUGCUCUACAAUUACGUCGAUCUCUUGAUCGAUGAGAACAAGCCUUCGCGCGAGCUACUUGGAGCUUUCUUUGAGGGUGUCCCGAAACUUCCGACAUUAACAUCGACAAAACGUCCUAAUGAGGACCAAGAUCAUGCACAAGGUCCCUCAAAGCAGAAGAAGGCCGGUGGCGGCCAGAAGCCUCUACCCGGUGGCGGAUCGGGAGGUAACCAGGACCAGGCGUUUACGACCGAGCAGUAUGUUUUGGUGCCGUCUUUCGAUUUCGAUUUCGGCACACACGGGGUAUGAGCUGUCCCAUAUAUCGUCUUCGUUUUGCGUCUAAAAAUGGAGUCCCACUCAACAGAGACCAAGAUCCAUCUUUCCGGUUCGGAAGAUUUCGGACCCCAGCGGUACGCUAUAUGUCGCGAAGAAG